GGCCCAUGUCACCUCUCCUCCGGGCGGAGGUUUUCUCUCUCGACAUUCUUUGAGUUGGUUUUUCUUCCCUCUAUUUUGUCGCAAUUCACCAUGUCCAAGGCUAAGCAGAGCUCCAACAACCAGGAGGCCGCCUACUACGGUCCUGAGGUCCGCAACGGCGAGCACGUCUUCGGUGUUGCCCACAUUUUCGCCUCUUUCAACGACACCUUCGUCCACGUUACCGAUCUUACCGGUAAGGAGACCAUCGUCCGUGUCACUGGUGGCAUGAAGGUCAAGGCCGACCGUGAUGAGUCCUCCCCCUACGCCGCCAUGCUUGCGGCUCAGGAUGUCGCCCUCCGCUGCAAGGAGCUCGGCAUCACUGCCCUGCACAUCCGCCUCCGUGCCACCGGUGGUACUGGCACCAAGACCCCCGGCCCCGGUGCCCAGUCUGCCCUGCGCGCUCUUGCCCGUGCUGGCAUGAAGAUCGGCCGCAUUGAGGAUGUCACCCCCAUCCCCACCGAUUCUACCCGCCGCAAGGGUGGUCGCCGUGGUCGCCGUCUCUGAGCGAGAGAUGUCUCCCUCAGAGGGUACUCCCGCACCAUCACCAUCCCCUCUCGCCGGGGGGCUGGUGGCCCGCAUCUGGGGUUCCUGGUGGUCAGGGCCUUCUUUCGGCUCUUUCUAUCGCCCUUGGGCGGGUGGCUGGGCGGCUGCUCCCGUCAUGGUGGUGCGCCGUCUAGUCGUGUCGUUUGCCGCCACUGUCUCUCCUGCGUGGUGAUCGGUGUUGAGGUAGCAUCCGCCGGUGGGGCGCGCGCGCUUCCAUACACUUGCCGGCGGUUUGCCGCGCCCUCCCCCCUCAGAAUUCCACCAUCUUUCCUCC